AUGAACCAGCUUCCAUCUAUUCUGCAGCCUGCCAUUCGCAAAGGGCCUCGGUAUUCGGUCCGCCCGUUUUACACCACGCUACUUGUGUUCACAGGGCUUGUGGUACUGAGCUGGGCCUUGCGAAGCAUUUCAAUUGGAGGAUCGCCUAAAUAUGCAUCCAAAAAUUUGUUCCUGGCUAAGAGGGAAGACGAACCAGAGUGUCGGCUAGUUCGCGAAGUCGAAGACAAAUGUGCAUAUGUCCAAAACAACUGCCCGGACCACCAAGAUGGUCUAUUUUCGUACCUGCAACUCUACUACUGCGCCCUAUCCGAUGCAAAGCCAUUAGCUUUCACUAUACUGAUACUUUGGUUGUCGCUCCUUUUCAGUACCAUCGGGAUAGCAGCGAGCGAUUUCCUCUGCAUCGAUUUGAGUACAUUGGCAAGCAUUCUGGGGUUGAGCGAAAGUUUGACUGGCGUUACCUUCCUGGCCUUUGGUAACGGAAGUCCCGAUGUGUUUUCCACAUUUGCCGCAAUGCGCUCAAACAGCGGCAGCUUAGCGAUUGGUGAGCUGAUAGGGGCAGCCAGCUUUAUCACUACUGUAGUCGCCGGUUCUAUGGCAUUGGUACGGCCUUUCAGGGUCGCACGGCGGAGUUUUGUCCGAGAUGUCGGCUACUUCAUCGUUGCCAUCAGCUUUAGCAUCUUUUUGCUAGCUGACGGCCGACUUCAUGUUUGGGAGUCGGCUGCCAUGGUGGGCUUAUAUCUGUUCUACGUUGUGAUGGUAGUGAGCUGGCAUUGGUAUCUUGUUCGACGCCGUCGCAAGUACGAGAGAGAUCUUGCUGCGCGAACUCAUUUUCACAUCCCCGAUAACCAAGAACUGGAUGUUGAAGAGGCCGAGGAAGAUGACGAUCCAGGAGUAGCUUCAGAAUCUCGAAGCCUUCUUCGUGGCGCAUCAACAGAGGAUUUUGAUCUAUUAGAAAGAGCCGGAGUACCCACAUGGAAGGAAGAAGAGGACGAAAAUGACGAGACGCGCAAUCGCUAUCUCGCAGAAAUCAGUGAUAACAUGCAUGUCUAUCGACCACAGAAUAGAUCCCGGCGGAAUACCAUGAAUCCAAUUCGACCGAGUCUGGUUGGAGCACUGGAAUUCCAAUCUGUGCUGCACUCACUGCAGAAAUCAAGGAACACAAAUCGAGAUUCAAGGAUCAACAUUGCGAGCUACACAGACGAUGGAGAUGACACUCGGUCUAUUGCUUCCCAUCCUCGCGCCAGUCGACCCUCUGCUCCUAAUGACCGCCUAUCGCCGUCGAGUGUAAACGGAUCAUCGCGGAUUCGUGCUGUAUCGGCCAAUGAUGCUUAUGGGCUGCAGCUUGACCCUAGCCUACUAGGGCAUCAGCAAGACCAGGGACCACGCUUGACUGUGAGACGGCCCUCCAAUGAGACACCCCGGGGAGCACCUCUAGAAACUCCUCAGGUACCGCGUAUUGAUACAAAUGCUGCGUUAACGGCAUCUCCAUCGUCUUCUGCUCUGUCCUCGCCAACCGCAAGCUCGGUGGGCACGCCGGCUCCACGCACUCCAGAUCUACUAGCUCCUCCGAAUCCUUUCCACUCUCCAAAUUACCAAACGACGGCAACGCAUGAGCGAUCGCCUGUUUCGGUGUCUCCACGAGGUGCGGGCUCUAGCCGCCAACCCAGCAUUAUGCCUGAGAGCCCAUCUGCACCAUUUCCCGCUUUCAUUGAUGUUUCCGGCUCUCCAUCUUCUCGUCCACCCAGCAGUCGACUUCCCAAUCCAGUAGUCAGUCCAUCACAACAACUACUCAUGCAUGACGGUCUUGGAAUUAUAGGCGAUGAUAAUUCCUCGUUCCAAAACCACAUUACGCAAUGGUGGCCCUAUUCAAUCCUUACUUCGCCCACGCAAAUUAUGUGCACACUGUUUCCAACUUUAGCCGGAUGGAAAUCCAAGAGUAUUAUGGGUCGGCUUUUAGGGAUUGUAGCAGCACCCAGUGUUUUUCUCCUCACCAUAACUGUCCCAGUGAUCGAGCCUGAAGCUCCUGAAUCUAACCAGGAGCUGAAUUCAAUCCCUGAGGUAGUUAUUGACCAAGCUGAUGGAAACAAUGAUCGUGGCCCGAGAGUGAGACUACCGGCCGAUAGUCCCACUCUCUCCCCUAUGGUGCAGGAUCUGCACGAUCCUAUUUCUCACUUAUCGGUUUCACAUUCCCACCGCAAGUCAACUAUUCAAGAUCAUACUGGCCGCCCCCGGUGGGAUUCUGAACUCCCAGCGGCACCGCCGCCUGUCCCCGCUCCUUCUGCGCCGUCAAGGGACUGGAACCGCUGGCUCGUUAUCACCCAACUUUUUACCGGUCCGUUCUUCUUCGUCCUAGUCGCAUGGACUACUUUAGAUGAAGAUCUAAAUCCCCGAAAUCUUCUUCUUCCGUCUUUAAUUUCCCUUCUUUUCUCUUUUACAUUUCUUUCCCUUCUUCUCAUAUCGACUCGGCGUCGCCCUUGGCAUCGACAGAGAAUGACAGACCAGAGCAUAUACGGAUCUCAAGAGUCGUCUGAUUCCCCUGCUCAUUCACUACCAUACUCAUGGAGGCCAUUCCUGUCCCUCCUGGGAUUCCUGGUUGCAAUAUCCUGGAUCGCCACUAUUGCCACAGAAGUAGUGUCUUUGCUGAAGACAAUCGGUGUCAUCCUGGACAUCUCAGAUUCGCUUUUAGGCUUGACUGUUUUUGCCAUUGGUAACUCUCUUGGCGAUCUUGUCGCAAACGUCACUGUUGCACGACUUGGGUAUCCGGUCAUGGCUCUCAGUGCAUGCUUUGGUGGACCAAUGCUCAAUAUCCUGCUCGGCAUAGGCUUAGGGGGGUUAUAUAUGACAUUAAACAGUGGAAACGUUAAAAGACACGACGAGAUUUUGAGUUUGAGAGCUACCUCACCUCAACCAGUGCCUUACGAAAUCGCAAUAUCGAAGGUGCUGGUGAUCAGCGGUGCUACUCUGCUGUUAGUUCUUGUUGGGCUUCUUAUCGUUGUUCCCAUGAAUAAUUGGCGGAUGGACCGCAGGAUUGGAUGGGGUCUCGUUGCAGUCUGGUGCGUGAGUACAUUGGGAAAUGUAAUCGCAGAGCUCGCAUCGUGA